AAUAUUAUUCAUUAGUAGUUUUUCCAUCGGAAGUGCAUUGUUUAACGCAUAAUGCAGCAUAGUACAUUUUCAAAUGGAAUCCAAAUGAUGACAUUUUAUUUGUCUUAAUUGUAUAACUUCAUUGUGUUCAGAUAAUGUAGAUUAUGGAAACAGAUUCAUUUCUGAACCAUUAAAUCUACUUAAUCAAUUCGUUAUAAACUUGUUGUUGUUGUUUUGCUUAUUUCCAAAAAGUAACAUAACAAAUUCCUAAUACGAUGACGUCAAUGCAUAAAUUAAAAACGACUCAUAUUCUAUUUUCGCCUAUCUGAUUAGCAUAAAGUUUGUACAGUACUCACUGUAGCAGUUCAUGAAGAAAAGUUAUCACAUUAUGAGGGACUGCUAUUCUAAUAUAAAUUUGUUUUCUGAUAUGUUAUCAGCAAACCACCUUAAUACUCAUUCAUACAUUCAAUCACUCUAUGCUAUAAUUAUAAACCUUAUAAAGAUAAAUUGAUUCACACAAUAUGGUUAAUUCAAUUUUUCGGAAGAAAUAACCAAAUAAUCAAAUCGAAACAGCAUCAUAAUUAAGUCAACUUGAUAUGAUUUGACUCAUUGACGUAACGUAUAAUAUUUACUUUAUUGUUAUUUCUACUGAGCAGAAGUUUUUCGAAAUAACGAACUGAGUUCAACUACCUAUUAUCGACCUAUUGCUGACGCAAUAUGAAACGUGCUCCCCUCUCAUCGGACCAAUACGUUCAUCCAGUUGUUUAUAAUAUUCCGGUCAAAGUGGCGGAGAAUUAGUUGUAGAAUCGCUUCGGUAUCUCUAUAACGCGUGACAAAUGUGACGAAAUUUAUUCUUGUUGCAAGAGAUACAUAACUGAAAUAAAAGAUGACACGUGAAACGGAUAAAGCAUUCUAUGUUGUUCAAUUCAAAGAUAAGCCUUUUGAAAGUAUUGAUGAAUACGUGUGCGUGCCGUAUACGUGGAUGAUAGUAAGUCGCCUGAUGACUGGCAUGGUCAUUGUUGCGUACCCUAAUGAGGAAGAUCCUUUUUAUACAAGAGAUCGCGUGAAGAGGGAGGAGAGGCGCAAUAAAAAGUGGAAAUUUUAUUUUGCUACUGUCAAAAAUAAAUCAUAUUCUUACAAUGAUGCACAAAGUUGGAUCGCUUUGGUUAAAGAAGAAUCAAAAGUAACAGAUAAGCAACCAAAGUUUCCGGUGAAUAAGGAACUGCGCAGUGCCUAUCAACCAAAAAGAUCACGUCCCACGAAAAUGGAAAGAAAUCUGGCCAUUGACGCACAGACUCCAUCGAAUUCAAUCGACCAAACCAGACAUUUGUCGACGCGUUCAGUACAACAACCAAUAGUGGUUGGUCAUAAUAAAUCUCAAAAUGAUUCACGAGUUUUAGGAAUGCACACUGAAAAUAGCAGACAAAACUCAGAAAUUCCUAUUCUUCCAAUCUACCAACCUUCUAGAAAACAACAUACAACAGUCCAUGCUAACGGAUAUCAAAACUUAUGCACGCAGAAACAGUUGGUCAAUCAAUCUACACAAAUGAAUUCAAAGCCAAAACGAGUUAACUAUAUGGAUGACGGUGCUAGAUCAUCUGUGACUGGAAGUCAUCUAAACGUCAUGGAGAAUGCGAGUCAAAGAGACGAGUACAUUGUAAAAGAAUCUCGGACACCGUAUCAUGUACCUUCAGAUUCCGAUGCUGUUAGGGAUCAUGAAGAAGUUUCAAAUCGCGACAGAGCUGCAGAUGAAUCACCUGUCAAGACAACGGACAAUGUUUAUGGGACUGCUAAGGAUCUUAGCCAUGAUUCUGCAGAUAAACCGAUAGCUGACAAAAACUCUACAUCAACAAAUCACCAGACGCAUUCAAAAUUUAUUUUAGAGCAGCAAAUGUUGGACAACAUAGAUAUCCUCUUUACUGAAAUUCUCUCUACUGUGCGUCAUAUGACUGAUAUGUACUGGACCUUACACAGUUUAAAUCUCGAUAUUGCCGAAAAAUAUAAAAAGUUAUUGGGUUCCGUCGAACAAUUUAAAACAGCUGCUAAUGAUCCUAGACAUGAUUCUGCAGAUAGGCCGACAGCUGACCAAAACUCUACGUCAACGAAUCACCAGACGCAUUCGAGAUUUAUUUUUAGCGAGAGAGAGCAGCAAAUGUUGGACAACUUUGCUAUCCUCUUUAUUGAAAUGCGCUAUACUUUUCGUCAUACGACUGAUAUGUACCACACCUUACGGAGUUCAAUCCUCGAUAUUACCGAGACAUAUAGAAAGUUUUUGGGUUCCGUCGAACAAUUUAAAACAGCUGCUAAUGAUCCUAGACAUGAUUCUGCAGAUAGGCCGACAGCUGACCAAAACUCUACGUCAACGAAUCACCAGACGGAUUCGAGAUUUAUUUUAGAGCAGCAAAUGUUGGACAACUUUGGUAGCCUCUUUACUGAAAUGGACUCUACUUUGCGUCAUGCGACUGAUAUGUACAACAUCUUCCGGUGUUCAAUCCUCGAUAGUGCCGAAACAUAUAAAAAGUUAUUGGGUUCCGUCGAACAAUUUAACACAGCUGCGGGAAACACAGCUAGCAGCGCCUCUCCUUCGAGCAACUUAACACGUGAAGGUUCACGGUCACCUGAAGAAACACACACUGAAGUAACUGCGAGUGCCAGUUCUAGUUAUCAAGAUCAACAUAGAAUUGAUGUUGCUUACAAAGAGUUAUACCGGUUCGUUCUACCACCGGAAUAUGAUGCUGAUGAUACAAGAUGGACAUUGAAGUAUCGAACAAAUCUGCCAGGACUCGUAGAACUUAUGCCCCAAAGCGGUGUUUACGUCAGCUCCGGAGACCUCAAUCACUGUAAGCAUGUAUCGAAAGAUUGCAAAUCAUUAGCUGUUACAUUAUUACCAGAAGUCUUCAGCAGAAAUGCACUGAGUGUUUGUUUAUCAAUGACUGAGACACGGCAGGCUUAUAAUAAUAAGUGUCUUCUCUGUAGGCCAGAAUUAGAUAAGCAUGCGUGUUCGAUACUGUUAAAUUUUGUUUGUGAGCAUGGGAUCCGACGUGGUUGGAAUACUGAUCUAGAACCUAUCCUCAGAAUCUUACACUGUAAGACGCAAGAGAUUCGGUUCAAAUACGGUGUAUUGGUUAAAUGUUAACAACACAAAGUGGCCCAAUUAGAGAAAGUACUUCAAUGUGUAAGUACUGCCCGGACUAAACCAACCACGUCGAGCAAUCAAGCUUCCAUGGAACCAUUGAUGCUCCUUCAGCAAAGCAUCAAACCAACACUGAAGCUACUAUAUGCAAGAUUCUCGACCCUGCAAUCCUAAUGAACCACUUUGUACAAAGAGAAGAUCGCUGGAAUUAAAUCGCAGCCUACGCUCGACGCUUUUGCGGAAAAAUUUUCAGAGUGGGUGAAAAUCCCACACUACCGAACAUCAUUGUUAUAAAGUCUUAAAAAGGUUUUCCCCGUCGUAAAAAAAACAAAAACUUACAAUAUUGCUUUGUUAGUAAAGCCAUUCAAUAAUUUUAAAUUAUUGAAGCUUAGAAUUUGAAAAUUAGAAUUGUAUAAUAACAUUCGUAUGAUAUUAUUUCGGAAUCACGGGUUAGACUUAAUAGUCAUCAUUAAUAGUUGUAAUUUUAAUUUAUGUUCCUAAUAUUUCUGUGAGAAAUAUACCUCUAACAUCUAAUGUUAAAUCAUCUAAUAAAUUUUAUAUGUAUUAGUAAAACCUAUUGUCGAUACAUCCAGUGUGUUUAUUUUAUAUUUUAUUUUUAACUUUAUUUUUAUUGUAAAGAUGUAUCUGUUUUGUUUACAAAUAAAUAAAUAAAUGUUAUAAACAAUCAAGUAUUAAUAGUAGCAGCCUUAUGGUAGUAUUCUCAGAUACGUUCACUUGUGGUGCCAAUAAGGCGGCUGAUAAGUAAAAGUAGUUUACCAUGUUUGGAAUAUGCUAAACAACAGUAACAUAUUAGUAAAAUGUUCCGAAACUGUUAUUUUAUUAUUAUGUUGGCAUGAAGCAUCUUGUUUUGUAUGUAGCAGAGGAUCAAUAUGCCAUCGAUCGCAAAAUCAGGACGUAGCUUGAUACAGGGAAUAAUGUGAGAAGUGUUGAUAUGUGUGCUGCUGUUGUUGUUCUUAGCACUUCUGUGGCUGCAUUUCACGUAUUCACGGGGUGAGAAUUCAACCCAUCGUUUUACAGGAUAGCAAAAACUAGACCAUAGCAGCUCUUACUGAAAUCGUCGAGGUUCCAACAACCAUUCAUUACAAUGGGAGAGUUCACAAUUGUAACUGAUCCAAAUGUUAUAAAUGUUUGACGUUAUUUAAUAUUUUGUUUGUCUGCAGUAUAUUGUCGGAGCAGUUUCAACUGUUAAUGAAGCGAGAUGUAUAAUAUGUUUCGUCAGAAUAUACACACCAGAAAAUAAAAAGAAGCAUUUCAUUUA